UGCGCUGCGGCGGCAACGACAGAGCGCCCCGUUCCCCAGCCCCUCCCUUCGGUACCACCCGGAGGCUCCGAUCUACUGCAAAGCAUGGCAGAGCAGGCUAUCUCCUUCGCCAAGGACUUCCUCGCCGGCGGCAUCGCGGCGGCCAUCAGCAAAACGGCGGUGGCUCCCAUCGAGCGGGUCAAGCUCCUGCUUCAGGUACAGCAUGCAAGUAAGCAGAUUGCUGCUGAUAAACAGUACAAAGGAAUCAUUGAUUGUGUGGUCCGCAUUCCCAAAGAGCAAGGAAUAUUAUCCUUCUGGCGUGGAAAUUUAGCCAAUGUUAUUAGAUACUUCCCAACUCAGGCACUUAACUUUGCCUUCAAGGAUAAGUAUAAGCAAGUGUUUUUAGGAGGAGUAGAUAAACAUACACAGUUCUGGAGAUAUUUUGCUGGUAACCUGGCCUCAGGUGGUGCAGCUGGAGCUACUUCACUCUGCUUUGUCUAUCCUUUGGAUUUUGCGAGAACCCGCCUGGCAGUUGAUGUUGGAAAAGCUGGCACUGACAGAGAGUUCACCGGUCUGGGAGAUUGCCUCGUCAAAAUCUUCAAGUCUGAUGGCCUGCGUGGCUUAUAUCAAGGCUUCAAUGUCUCUGUCCAGGGCAUAAUCAUCUAUAGAGCUGCUUAUUUUGGAAUAUAUGAUACAGCAAAAGGUAUGUUGCCAGAUCCUAGGAACACUCAUAUUGUGAUAAGCUGGAUGAUUGCACAAACAGUGACUGCCGUAGCUGGUGUGGUCUCCUAUCCCUUUGACACAGUGCGACGUCGAAUGAUGAUGCAGUCUGGUCGUAAAGCAGCUGACAUUAUGUACUCUGGAACAAUUGACUGUUGGAGGAAGAUUGCAAGAGAUGAAGGUGGAAAGGCUUUCUUCAAAGGCGCAUGGUCUAAUGUUCUUCGAGGCAUGGGUGGUGCAAUUGUGCUUGUGUUGUAUGAUGAGUUCAAGAAAGUCAUUUAAACAAAAUUUUAUUAGAAAUGUAAGUUAAAUUGAUAGAUCAUGUAGAAUAACUUGCCAUUAUGGACCACUGACUUAAAAAAAUUCCUACUCAGUCUUAUGUAUCGGGGCCAGAUCAUGUUUAAGUGGGACUACAAACUGCCUUCUGUGAACUGAUGUACAUUAUAUAGGCAUCAGAACAGAUAGUCCAGAAUCGUCUGUCUUUGGUGUUGGUUAUAGUAGGUACAGUUCAGGGUCCAAGGAAGCUGAUCUGCUUUUGUCUGAAGAUCAGCUAUAAGUUUCAAGUCCUGUCUUAAAAGAACCAUAAAAAUCAUGUUUUGAAAAAUAUUCAUUUAGCCAAUCUUGUUUUUCCACUUGUACUUAAACACUAUGUACUGUUUUUGCACAGCUGGACAUCUAGCAUUUGUGUUCUCCAAUUUGGGGCAUUUUGUGAACAAUAAACAUAAUUAACUAUGUGUUGAAUUUAUGACUACUACAUCUUGAGUUUUAUGGCCAGCCUCACCAUGCAGUAAGAUGUGGUUUACUGGCCUCAGGCAGCAUUUAUGCAUGUGCAUAUCCACCUGCACAAAAAGGGGGAGUGGAACAAAGUAAGGAAAGAACUAGUAUGGUGAGACUUUUUAAAAUGCUGUCCCAUGGUGUGUGUUGGGGCAGAGUACUAUAGUUGGAUUUUUAGACUGGAUUUAAAGGGUCUUUAAAUAAGAUAUGCUUAUAUAGGUCUUCAGAAGUUUUCAUCAUGCUUUUAUGAAAAUGGUAAAAUAGUUUGAAAUAAGAACCCAUUCUGAAUACGGAGAAAAAAGCUUGAAAAUAGUAAUGCAGUGGUUAAGCAGUGUGCAUAUAGGGAUGCUAAUAAUUAUAGUUCACCUAAGAAUAAGUAGGAAGUACUUAUGGGGAAAAUAUAAUGUACAUGCUUUGUAAAGUAGCACAUGAUUCAUUAGAUGAAUAGCUGUAUGAGUUUUUAAUUAUUUGAAGAACGAUAUCUUACUUAUGUUCCCACAUGGCAAGAUUCUCAUUUGUAUGCUUUUACACUGUCGUAUUGAAAAACAAAUAACUA